AUGGCCCCACCAAACAGUGACCAAAGAGACAUGUAUCCUGCUACAUCUACAUUGGGACCGCCCCCAAGCCUGCCAACACACUACCAACACAUAUCACCUUCACCCACACCCACAGUCAAGCCGAGUCAUGUAGAAGACCCCUAUUACUCGGAUAAAUUGCAGGAUAAAGAAUGCCAACAGAUACCUGAAUUGGGGCCAGAGCACGACGCUGAUAUGGAAUCCGGCGGAGAAAAGAAGAAGAGGCGUAUGGACGAUAGAAACUGCUGUGUUCGAUGUAUGUGCUGUGCUUGCUGCUUACCUAUCUGGGCUGCUGGUAUUCUGUGGUUCAUCAUCAUCGCCAUCAUCAUUGUUGUCAUUGUGAUUGGUGCGAUUGCAGGCACAUUCAUCUUGCCCACUGUAGACAUGGCAGGCGUAUCAACAACUCCCACCACAGGCUCGCAGUUCAGUUUCACGGGUGAUGGCAUUAGCAUCAAUUUUGGCUUGAUUGUGGCCGUCAACAAUCCCAACUUACUCAGUAUAGACCUCACUGAUAUCAACGCAACGGCAUAUUAUCCAAAUGAUAACGGUGGACACACAUACAUCGGGAAAGGCUAUUUAGCAGAGCAGAAUGUGCCAAAAUACAGUAAUUUCAACUUUACGUUUCCCUUCUCUCUUGAAUAUAACCCAAGCUACGAUGCGGAUCAAUCUGUUUUAAGCGAUUUGGUGGAAAAGUGUGGAUUAUCCGGUAGCGAAAAGAAGGAUAUUACGAUCGAUUAUACCAUCAAGCUCACAGCAAAGGUGCUUGUCAUUAAGGUUCAUCCUACCAUAUCAUCAUCGGCCACUUUUGCCUGUCCCAUUGAUAAUGGCGGUUUGGCUGGCCUCGGUGAUGGCACCCUUGGAUUGUAA